CUUCUUUCAAUUUCGUUGAAUUCUCGUCCAGUAUCAUCGUAACAUUUGAUCAGGUAGUUUAUCACCUUGUAGUGUCACUGUUCCUUUCUGUAUCCUCUCGAAGCCUCCUGUUUUUCCUUUCCUAAUUCUCUUCCAGCCCACUGCACGAUCUAGUGUCGAAUGGAUGAAACAGCUGAGCAGAACAGUUCUUUAGCUGUCGGCCUAAAUGACCAACUUCAUGACCUCUCAAGGUCUCGCUCCCCCGCUGCACGCAGCUCAGCUUCCAACAUUCGGGAAAGGCGUGCCCGGCCGGCGAGGGGCCGCUGGGGCCGAGUCCCGGACGUCGCCACGCGCAGUGGGCUGCUGCGGCCGGCGCUCUCGGGAAAAGUGAGGGGACGGAGGCGCCCGAGCAAUGUAGGUUUCGGGAACCGUUCUUCAGCAAAAGCCCUUGUCAGUUUAAAAGAGGGAAGCUUAUCUAACACAUGGAAUGAAAAGUACAGUUCUUUACAGAAAACACCUGUUUGGAAAGGCAGGAAUACAAGCCCUGCUGUGGAAAUGCCUUUCAGAAAUUCAAAACGAAGUCGACUUUUUUCUGAUGAAGAUGAUAGGCAAAUAAAUACAAGGUCACCUAAAAGAAACCAGAGGGUUGCAAUGGUUCCACAGAAAUUUACAGCAACAAUGUCAACACCAGAUAAGAAAGCUUCACAGAAGAUUGGUUUUCGAUUACGUAAUCUGCUCAAGCUUCCUAAAGCACAUAAAUGGUGUAUAUACGAGUGGUUCUAUUCAAAUAUAGAUAAACCGCUUUUUGAAGGUGAUAAUGACUUCUGUGUAUGUCUAAAGGAAUCUUUUCCUAAUUUGAAAACAAGAAAGUUAACAAGAGUAGAAUGGGGAAAAAUUAGGCGGCUUAUGGGAAAACCACGGAGAUGUUCUUCUGCAUUUUUUGAGGAAGAGAGAUCAGCAUUAAAACAGAAACGGCAGAAAAUAAGGCUCUUACAACAAAGGAAAGUUGCAGAUGUUUCACAAUUCAAAGAUCUCCCAGAUGAAAUUCCUUUGCCUCUGGUUAUUGGAACGAAAGUUACAGCACGAUUACGUGGUGUUCAUGAUGGUUUGUUCACUGGACAAAUAGAUGCUGUGGAUACUCUUAAUGCUACUUAUAGAGUAACUUUUGAUAGGACAGGGCUUGGAACCCAUACCAUCCCUGACUAUGAAGUUCUCAGUAAUGAGCCUCAUGAGACAAUGCCAAUUGCUGCCUUUGGACAAAAACAGCGGCCUUCUCGAUUUUUUAUGACCCCACCACGGUUACAUUAUACUCCUCCUCUCCAGUCACCAAUUAUGGAUAAUGAUCCUUUAUUGGGACAGUCGCCGUGGAGAAGUAAAAUUUCUGGCUCUGACACUGAAACAUUAGGUGGUUUUCCAGUAGAAUUUCUUAUCCAAGUGACCCGAUUAUCAAAAAUUCUCAUGAUUAAAAAGGAACAUAUCAAGAAAUUAAGGGAAAUGAACACAGACGCAGAAAAACUGAAAUCAUAUUCCAUGCCCAUCAGCAUUGAAUUUCAGCGGAGAUAUGCAACAAUUGUUCUAGAGCUUGAACAGCUGAACAAGGACCUAAACAAAGUUUUGCAUAAAGUUCAACAGUAUUGCUAUGAGCUUGCUCCAGACCAGGGGCUCCAGCCUGCAGAUCAGCCAACAGAUAUGAGACGCAGGUGUGAGGAAGAAGCACAGGAAAUUGUUCGGCAUGCAAAUUCCUCAACAGGACAGCCCUGUGUGGAAAAUGAAAAUCUGACAGACUUAAUUUCCAGGCUUACAGCUAUUUUGUUACAAAUUAAGUGUCUAGCAGAAGGUGGAGACCUGAAUUCCUUUGAAUUCAAAUCACUUACAGACUCAUUAAAUGAUAUCAAGAGUACAAUAGAUGCUUCUAAUAUCAGUUGCUUUCAGAAUAAUGUAGAAAUCCAUGUUGCACAUAUUCAGAGUGGCCUGAGCCAGAUGGGAAACUUACAUGCCUUUGCAGCAAAUAACACCAACAGAGACUGAGUAAAGAUUUCAUUAUUCCAACUGCACGGGACAUUGUUUUUGAGAAGUUCUUUUCCUUUAUAUAGGCUUCCAACACCAAAUAACCUAACUGCUGGAAAACAAGGGAAAUUUAAAUCUCCAAAUAAGGCAUUUUAAUAGACUGUACUGCUUCUUAAACCAGCAUUGCUGACCAGCAUUAUAUUUAUUUUUCUUUUAUUAUUCUGAUGCAGUAGCAUUGCUUAUGUUACAUAUGUUUAUAUUCACAAAUAUUUUUAAACUGAAAUAUCUGAACAUAAUAUAAUUUCGUGGAAGAAUACAUUGACCAUUUUUUUUAAUGUGCAUGAAUUCACCGCAACACAUGCAGACAACUGCUGCAAUGGAGAGUAUGAAGAAACCUGGUCUUUUUGUUCAUGUCGGUGGCAGUGUGGAAAUUCCAUCCAGAAAAUUACAACUCCACUUGAUUUAGUUGAUCACCAUCUCAGUCUUCAAAAGAUAACAUCAUGAGGUGUGGGAAGUCCUAGUUUUAAGGAAGCCACUGAAAUAUAGAUGGGAAAUGUGGACUAUACAAGUAUAUGUUAUAUAUACUUGCAAUGUGACAUGGUUCUAUAGAUCAUUUUAUAAUAAUAAAUAUUUUAAUUUAUCAUAACUUAUAUAAAAGAAACCUUUGCUGUUUGUUGAAAGAAAAUGAAGGAACAGGAAGAAAGGUGCAAAAUGCUAAAUUUCUGCAAAUGGAUUUGGCAUGUCUUCCCGUCAGUUCAGGUCAAAAGUGCAUUGUUAUGAGAUUUAUUUAAAAAAAAAAAAAAAAAGACUGAUAACACACUAUUUUCAUAUUUUUUUUUUUGUUUAUUUGCACAACUUUUAAACCAGAUUACUGGUUAAAAUCCAACAGUACACAAUUUAUAAAGUAAAAAGAUUUUAUAAAGAAAACAAAUAUAAUAACCAGUGCUGUGAAAUGCAGAAGAAAGGCUUGUUUGGGUUGUUUUUCUUUUUUAGGAAAACCUUGCCUAAAAUGUUAAUCUUGUAAAAAGUAUGUAUUUGGAAUUUUCUUCGUUUUAAUAUAGAAUAUUAUAAAGUCAAAAUAUAAAUUUUUUUCAAAUUUGGAGUUUAAGAUAUAGCUGUAGAGGUGGUUUUAAUUCCUUUAGAUGUCUCAUAAAAUGAGACUUUUUAUAUGUUAAUGUAUAAUAAACAAGAUUAUUUUCCAUUUGGAAUUUUUGUAUAGUUUAAAAAGGCUUCUGUAUUCUUUGUUGGUAUUGUGCCACUGCAAAACUUUAGUGCAGAGUUUAUAUUUAGCUAAACUGUUAUGUUAAUUAAGAAAUGCAUAAAUCUUCUAUUCUUAAUAUUUGUAAUUCUAAAUAAAUUGAUCUAUGAAAAUUA